GAAUGUGAUGGCACGUUCUUGACAAUUUGGCAGCCAAUCUGCUGGAUACAUAAGUGCUGGGAAUCUAUUGACAUAUUCUGUACGGUAUCACUUGAGUUCCCAGCUUUUUCUCUGUAGCGUCGUCAUUUGUUUCAUCACGUCGACGAUUGGAUGAAUGCUCGGACCUUGUUUACCGCAUUACCGUCGUCUGAAUCUGGCAGCGAUACCAUCAAUUAGAAUGGUACAGAAUACCGAGCCGGAGGCUAUUCAGCAAAUAAAGUCGACCCUCGAGCCUUACAUCAAGCCAAGGGAGCAAGUCUCUUACAUCAGGCGCGUUCUGGCUCUCCAUCUACAACGGCAACGCCAGGCCAACACACUACAGCGCCCGCUGUCACUGGUUCAAGCCAGCGACCAGGUUCAGCAUCAUCGAGAGACUCAUGGACUGCAGCGGGAUUAUCUAAGAGCAGUUCGAGCCAAUAUCAAAGCACGCCAGGAACAUGCGCAGUUGAGUGAAAUCUCGCUGUCCGACACGGCUCCAGCCAGACACGAGCAGAGCUCGGCGGACCACUUGCGGGAACACCUCGCGCUCAUCAAGCUACAACAGAAACAUGAAAGGCUCGCAGCGAUACAGAAGCAUCUAGACACACUCACACAGCAGCCAGUAGCAUCACCCAAUUUCCUGAACCUCGAAGAGAUUUACAAUGACUCGAUCGAACUGCCACAAGUGCCCCGCGAAGUGGUUGACAGUUUUGGUACAGACUCCACAGCCGCCAAAGCUGACCUCACCGCUGUCGUCAACGAGAUGGAAAAAGUGGUUUUGCGCACUAAGAUUCUCCUGCGACAAGAAGAAAUGCUCCUCAACACAGUGCGGGACCGCGUCGAACCCAGUAAAGACACUAUCAGUGAGAUGGCGAGGCUGCACGCUCUGAACGUCACACGGAAUGAGCUCAUCAACUGGAUCGAGACCGAGCUAAGCAAGGCAACUGGUGACGAUGCAGACCAAGACAUCUCAGGAGAGCCUCCCAAUAAUGGGGUCGAAGCUGGUUCUGCAUACGUCGACUUGUCGCAGCAACUCGCUCAGGUGAAGGAGAAAUAUGCAAGCUACGUUGCGACGCGCAAGUCCCUCCUGACACUCGCCUCUCAACGCACACGCCCAACCAUCAAGAUCGCCCAAACAUCGGAGACACCGAGGGUGGAAGAGAUGGAGGAUUUACCUUCAUUUGCUGGACACAUUGUGCUUCCCUACCUUGAGGAUCUUCUCGAUCUGUCACGGCAGCAAAAGUGUACAAUCCAACAAAAGUCUCAUAUUAACACCAUCCUGGCCCAGCAAGUCAAAGAUACGAGACAAAUUAUGGUUCACCUGGCUGAGGAAAGCCAACUUCUUCCAAGUCACUCCAUGCCAGCCGCCAAGAGAGGUAAAUCGGGUUUUGAUGAGCACAUGUCAGCAGCUGCGUCAGACACACCAGACACAGUCAGUCAAGUCAGGCCGUGGGUGUAUGCCGCGGACUCGGCAAAGAUCUCCACGAUGGAGACUGUAGCUGAGAAGGUCGAAGAAGGGCACCUGGCACUCGAGGGGUCUAUGAAGGCUCUUCACAACGUUGAACAGCUCUUUGGGCGGAAACGUCAUGAGCAUGAAAAUCUGACUACAGGCGACACCACAGAAGACGACAUUUGGUUGACAGAAGAAUCAUCACGCAAGGCUGGAGCAAGGCAACACCCGGAUGUUGCCGCAUUUAAACGGGGUGAUCAUGCUGACCCUUGGGCUGUCUUGGAUGGUAAGCUGGGCCUUAUGGGUUGACACGACUGAUAUAGAGCGAGGAAAGCACAGAAUCGCCAUGAUGAUAAUUGAGCGCUUUCAAAUCAACCUUCGUAAUUGUGAACUACCCCUAAGUUGCCCCAACGCCUUCCAGUUUUGUCCUCGCAUGACCAUGCGACACCAUCUCGAUCAACUCCGGCCGGCCAUGAUUCCCGAUAUCCUGAGCGAAAGGUCAAGGAUUGAAAGAUGCUCGUCCGCACCGUCAAC